AUGUUUUCAUUAAAAGCAAUCAGAACAUCCAGACCAGUAUUUAGGAACACAAAUGUCUGGGCUUCUCCCGUGAAAUUCACUCCUAUGCGGUUCUAUUCAGCAGCACAUUCAGGAUCUGUCAAAGAAUUGACCGAGCUUGCGGGUUUCUUCGACUUUAUCAAAAAAGAAAAUGUGUCUGUUGUUGACUUCUACGCUACUUGGUGCGGUCCAUGUAAGGCAUUGGAGCCUAUUUACAACAUGUUUGCGGAGAGAAUUCCUGAAGUACAAUUCGGAAGAGUAGACGUAGACGAAGCCCAGGACAUUGCUACUGAGUAUGCGAUUUCGGCUAUGCCCACAUGUUUGAUUUUCAAAGAUGGCGAGAAUGUCGGGAAGAUCGUGGGCGCAGAUCCACAUAAGCUUCUUGAAAUGAUCCAAGAACAUGCCAAUGUUGAUUUGAAGUCGAUAAGGUAG